AUGCUCACCGACGCGGAGAAGGUGCAGACGUUGAUGAGAACCUUCUUUCGACUCAUCGCCAACAACGAGACCCACCCCAACGCUGGAAAAGCGAGACGUGAUCAGAUCACCCUUGGCGACGACCCCAGUUUUGUCCCAAGCAGCGUCAUGCCGCAUUUCACCAUCGACGACAACGGCAAUCCUUGCUUCGUACCUGGAAGUUCAAGUCGCCAAUCGUCGGGCGGAAAGAACAAGUCGCAGUCUCAGCUCAGCCCUUUCCCUGACCCCAUCAACUUCUUCCCUGAAGGUCGAGAGAAGUCUGUUCUCAACCUCGACAUAUCUCAGUCGUUUGAUGGUCUAGAUUACCGUUUGCCCUCUCCAUUCGCCAACUCUUCCGCAAAGAAGACCCAGCUUCCUCGAACGCGAGAGGAUAUGGAGAUUAACAUGGACACUGGUCCGUUCGGUGCUCUGGACGAGUCUGACAAUUUUGGUGGUGUGGAACUCGACAUUGACGAAAAUGGUGCCAUCAUCCUGGAUGAUAAUGAGCUUGAGCUCCCAUACCUCGGCGCAAUCGACAUGGCAGAUGCUGGGGCCCCAUUUCAACAUGAUCAUACCCAAGAUGAGCAGACGAUUCCCCGUGACGCCGAAGGCGACGUCCCCAUGAUAGGCAGUGACUCUAUCGUUCUCCCGGGUGAUCCUGUCUCCUCGGUCCCCGAGUCGCCCGAUAAUGGUCAGGGAAAGCAAGCUACUGCCGCAUCCAAGAAGCGUCGCCGUGUGCUGAAGCUCGACAAUGAAGGCACUACGAUCUCACGCUCCGUCCUCCGAGACUGGCAGGAACAAUACGUUGAAAACGCGGAAAGAGCCACCAGCAAGCCCAAGGGCGUCACACAAACCCAAGCCCAGAGCAAUGCAUACUUCUUCACUUUCGGGCAGGGCAUCGGAGGCGUCGGCCGCAGCACAGGGAUUCCAGGAACCAACUUCCCUCUUGCAGAUAUUUUCGCUGGCAACGGUCUUCGCAACAUCAUCUAUGGCCCACCCACUGAAGCGGAGCAAGAAAUGCAGACGCCUUCACCCAAGGGACGUCGGAGAAGAGCAAAUGAGGCCUUUGACGAGAUGGGUUAUGCAAGUGAAACGCGCAACGUGCGUCUGAGAGUCGACGAGACGCCCCAGCAGGGACGCUCCGUAGACGAUGUUGAGGACUACGGCGUGCUUGGCGAUGAAACCAUGCCGGAGAUGGGAAUGGAGGCUGCCCAGCCCAUGGACGAUCAUCAUUCGUCUUCCAUGAUGCCCUGGAACCGGACACCGUCGAUUGGCCGGGCCUCUUCGGUCAUCGGCAACAGUGCUCAGCGUCACGAGCAAGCCAGUCAGAAGCCCGCCAUCCCUCGCAGGAGCAGCAUCGCUCAUUUCGAACUUCACGAUGCCCAGGGAAGCGACCUGGAUGCAGCUCCGAUUGGCAUGCCUGGCUCUCGAGACUUGGGAUCAGGCAGUCUUAACUCUCCGGGAAACGGGGUCAACGCACAAGAUAUGGAUGAGAACGACUCUCACUGGAUGCGGUCGACACUGGACACUGCAAGCGUAGAGUUUUUGAAAUGGACCGAAGAGGAGGUCAAGAAGGCUGGCCAGGUCAAAGAGGGAGACAGCAACGAGAACCGGCGAUGGGUCGGUUUUGAGGACCUCGUUGACCCGGCGAAGCAAAACCACGUUGUUGCGACCCAGGCAUUCUACCACAUUCUUUCACUGGCGACGAAAAAUGCUAUCUGCGUGGAGCAGCAGGUAGAGAACAUGCAGCCUUUCGGACCGAUCCGAGUUGGACUCGACCUGAUGACGCAUCUUGAGAGCACGGAGUAG